GAGUCAUCACCAACAUUGGUCCAACAUAGAAUACCAACCAAAGAAAGAUUUCAAUAUAUUCUCGAUGAACCAAUACCAAUACCAACACCCCAAGUUUCGAAUAUGAAUAAAAAUUUCACAUACGAGAAUCUUCAAGAAUAUAUAGAGGGGUAUGCUAUUCUCUAUACACAUCAAUUGGCAAUGUAUUACCGUGCCGGUCAAAUAGAUAAAUCAAAUCUUCUAGAUCUACUCGAUAUGAUCUUUUUCGAUAAAAAAGGAAUAGCAAGUCAAUACUAUCUCGAAAAAUUAGAUAGUAAUGCCAGAAUCCAAACAAAGAUCUCUUUGUUGCAACCUUUAGAUACAUUAAUGAACGAAAUCAUGUUGUUGGGUGGUUAUAUUCAGUUCAUAAAGGCCAAGGGUUAUACAAAAAGAAAACAGACUGGUUUGGAUAUUCAUUCUUUUAUUUAUUUCGAUGAAGGUAUCGAGGAUCAAAAAUCAAAAUUACUCUUAGAAAUGGCAAGAUCAUCAUUUGAAAUAAAUUUAAAAAUUGAAUAUAAUUGUAAUAUAGAUAAUCAAACAAACAACAACAAUAAUAAUAAUAAUAAUAAUAAUAAUGAACAGGCUUCAUCAUCCCAUUUAUCCUCGCCAUCAAAUAAAGACUAUGAUGGCGAUGAAGAAAUGGCACCAUAUACAACAUCAGUUAAAAAUUAUAAAAUCCCACUUUCACAAUCAAUGGAGGCUUACAAUACUCGAGGUGUAGUUCCACAUAACUAUGUAAUGGCCAAAAUGUUUCCUGAUCACAGCAACUAUAGUUUUUACUCCACUUCUGCUGCAUGCAAUAUGUUAUCACCAAAGUAUCGCCAAUAUCUUUCGGAAUUCUUAAAUGAAUUCCUUUCUUCACAAAUAACAAUUACUUGCAACUCUAAUAAUUUUUUUGUCAAUAAUAAUAAUAAUAACAAUAACAAUGACAACAAUAAUAAUAAUAAUAACAAUAAUAAUAACAGUAGUACAUCGAAUAUUAAUCAUACAUCAACCAUAGAAUUGGUUUUAAACAGAGGCGAUUUAAAUACUUUGGAGUUCCAACACUUAUUUGAUUUUAUGAUGGGUGAGCUUUACAGAUCAUUUUAUGAAAACUAUCAAGUAGUAAAGAAGAAUAAACCCGAAUCACUACUUCAUAGUAUCAUCAGUUUUAUCACUCCUUUAAUUUUUCAUUUUAUUUAUCACCAACCAAAUAAAUUUAAUUUUAAAUAA